GCCUGCCUCAAUCGCUUCCAGAGGAGAAGAAGCAAAGGGCGGCGGAAAUUGCAAUCAUGAGACGGAUUUGAAAAGAAAGAAAAUAACGUCUUCAGCCCGAAGAAACUGGUGUUCGUAGCCAGUCAUAUGACAGAAAAUGGACAGUUCACAAUAAGUAACCCGAGACGCAAGAGAAAAGCCAUGCAGUACAAACACAGAAGACAUUAAUGUAAUAGUAUUUCAUAUAAAGGGUUCCUCACGAUCUCUCAAGGUUGGAUCGGUUAGAGAUUCUUCCUUGUCUGUUUCGAUCGUCCCUGUGUGGUGGCUAAGCUUUACACCCUACCGGCUAAAAUGUCUGUAGAGGAACCGGGCUACCGUGGAGUGACGGUGGCAGCAGAAGAAGGGACGGAGUGGCUGCGUGCGGAGAUCGAGCGCCUUUCCCGUGAGCUAAGCGAGACGACGCAUGAGAAGAUCCAGGCAGCGGAGUAUGGGCUUGCGGUGCUGGAGGAGAAGCAGCAGCUGAAACAGCAGUACGACGAGCUGGAAAUCGAGUAUGAGACCGUUCGGCAAGAGCUCGAUCAGCUUAAAGAGGCCUUUGGUCAAGCUCACUCCAACCAUAAGAAGGUGGCUGCUGAUGGAGAGAGUCGGGAAGAGUCCCUGAUCCAGGAGUCUGCCUCCAAGGAGGCGUACUACGAGCAGAGGGUCCUGGAGCUGCAGACUGAGCUGAGGCAGAUGAGGAACGUCCUGACCAACACCCAGUCAGAGAACGAGCGCCUGGCCACCAUCGCCCAGGAGAUGCGGGAGAACCAUGAGAUGACCGAGCUGCAACGCACACGCCUGCGAGAUGACAUCAAGGAGUACAAGUUCCGGGAAACGCGCCUCCUGCAGGACUACACCGAGCUGGAAGAGGAGAACAUCUCUCUGCAGAAGCAGGUCUCCGUGCUCAAGCAGAAUCAGGUGGAGUUUGAGGGCCUGAAACAUGAAAUCCGCCGCUUGGCUGAGGACACAGAGUUCCUGAACAGCCAGCUGGAGGAUGCCAUCCGCCUGAAGGAGAUUGCAGAGAGGCAACUUGGGGAAGCCCUGGAGACCAUCAAGACCGAGCGCGAGCAGAAAAACAACCUGCGCAAGGAGCUGUCGCAAUACAUGAGCAUCGGGGACUCCAUGUAUCACAGCCCCCUCAGCAUCUCCCUCGAUGGCCUCAAGUUCAGCGAUGACAUCGCUGAGCCUAACAACGAUGACGCUCUCAAUGGCUACGACAGCAGCUUCUGCAAGUUGGCAGGCGACGACGACAACAGCAAGGUGUCCACCCCCAAGAAGAGCGACCUCUUCUGCCCCGCCCCCAGCUUGGUCAACGACCUCCUCAGCGAGCUCAACCUCUCGGAGAUCCAGAAGCUCAAGCAGCAGCUGAUGCAGGUGGAAAGAGAGAAGGUCAACCUCCUGUCAACGCUACAGGACUCCCAGAAACAGCUAGAGCAUGCCCGUGGGGCUCUAUCUGAGCAGCACGAGAAGGUCAGCCGUCUCACUGAGAACCUCAGUGCCAUGAAGAAACUACAGGCCAGCAAAGAGCGUCAGUCAGCCCUGGACAACGAGAAGGAGCGCGACAGCCACGAGGAUGGGGACUAUUAUGAGGUGGACAUCAACGGGCCUGAAAUCCUGGAGUGCAAGUACAAGGUGGCCAUGUCUGAUAUUGGGGACCUGAAGGAGGAGGUCAAGGAGCUCAAGUCCAAGUACCAGGACUGUCAGUCCAAGUAUGAAGAGGAGAAGAACCGCCUAGAGGGCGAUGUACAGGCUCUGACGGAGAAGCUGUCUGUGCUGGAGAAGAGCAGCCGCACGGACCGUGGCCAGGUGGAGCGUCUAGAGAAGGAGCUGAAGAAGGUGAGCGACGUGGCCGGAGAGUCUCAGGGAAGCCUCAGUGUUGCCCAGGAUGAGCUGGUCACCUUCAGCGAGGAGCUUGCCAACCUCUACAACCACGUGUGCAUGUGCAACAACGAGACGCCCAACCGUGUCAUGCUCGACUUCUACAAGGAGGGCAGAGGGGUCCGAAACAGCCCCGAAGGACGGGGCCGGCGCUCCCCAAUCCUGCUCACCAAGGGACUGUUCCCCGAGCCCCUUAAGGCCGAAAGCAGUGACAGCGUCCCGUCCCCUGUCUCCUCCCUACCUUCCCCGGUCUCGGACUCCCGCAGGGAACCCAUGAACAUCUACAACCUGGUGGCCAUCAUCCGUGACCAGAUCAAGCACCUGCAGAUGGCUGUGGACCGCACCACUGAGCUCUCCCGUCAGAGGGUGGCCUCGCUGGAGCUGGGUCCUGUAGUAGACAAGGACAAGGAGGCCUGCAUGGAGGAGAUCCUGAAGUUGAAGUCUCUGCUGAGCACCAAGCGAGAACAGAUCGCAACCUUGAGGACUGUGCUGAAGGCCAACAAGCAGACUGCUGAGGUGGCACUGGCCAACCUGAAGAGCAAGUAUGAGAACGAGAAGGCCAUGGUGACGGAGACCAUGAUGAAGCUACGCAAUGAGCUGAAGGCUCUGAAAGAGGACGCAGCCACCUUCUCCUCCCUCAGGGCCAUGUUCGCCACACGGUGUGACGAGUACGUGACACAGCUGGAUGAGAUGCAGAGGCAGCUGGCCGCGGCCGAGGACGAGAAGAAGACGCUGAACUCGCUGCUGCGCAUGGCCAUCCAGCAGAAGCUGGCCCUGACGCAGAGGCUGGAGGACCUGGAGUUCGACCACGAGCAGCUGCGGCGGGGCAGCCGUGCCAAGACGGGCCCCUCCCGUGCCAAGGGCGCCCCCGCCAACCCACAUAUUGUCAGCAGCUUGUUUCCUUCAUCUCGCCAGCCUACCUUUAAGUAGGGGAGGAAAAAUAGAUCCUCAUGUUGUCAUCAGGUAAUUUUUCCUCUUGCGUGCAACGUUCUCUCAUUGGAGAAAUCAGCUCUGCUUGUAUGAUAUACUGUAUGUGAAUCUUAAAAAAAAAAUGCAUCAGUGUUUUGAAGACAUGGCAAAUGGAAUAGAAGUAGAAGUCAACCGUUUGCCUUGAUCUCAUUUGUAUAAGUGGUGGAAAGGAGUUUGCGUACUGUUUUUUAAUUAAAUGCUUUGAUAUGCAAGCUAGGCAUUUGAAAAUAUGUGGGGCAUUUAUUAAUAGUUUGUUUUACUAAUAAAAGCAGGGUUGAUAUGAGAAAAAUAUGCUUUCUAAUACAUAACCAGUAUACUUUUUUCUUACUAAUCAUAUAUUCUAAAUAUAAAGCGUUUGGGUUUUGAUUUCCCAAAUUGCUUGUUAGCUCUUGAAAAUGAAUGAGAAAUUUAACCACUUGAGUUAAUGUUUUUGCAGAAUUUGGAGGAAUAGAUUUAAUAGUCAACCCUGCUUUUUUCCAGCUUUGCUGCAACCGUGUUUCAAGGUCUUUUAGGUUAUUAACGUUAGGAGCCAACGAGACUUUGAUAACAGAAAUAAUAGAAUAGUAGUAAUGAUAUUGUGCAUUUUAUGGUAGAGUCCAAACACUUUCCUCCAUUGAGAAUCAACAAAAUGAUUCUCUGUUUUCGCAAAGUUUUCUGGUUUGGCGAAAAGCACAUUAGCUACUUGAUGCAAAAUCAAAGGUCUCUCAAAGUAAACGGUGGCAAGAGGCACUCAGACAUAAAGCGUGUGCCUGUUAGUCUGAGAGAGUUUUUAACCGUGAUUUUUUUACCAUGGUAAAAUGUGGUAUUUAUUCUUCUAUGACCUGAAUGGCUGUUCCCGCCGUGGCUUUUGGAUUCAGACUCUCCUUUCCGUUAGCCGCCAUGCUUGCGCCCCGAUAUCGCCUCCUCUCGAGUUUCCCUGAGAAUGCGGUGAACCUUUUCUUUUUAGCAUCCGUUUAGCGGUUUCUGGAGGAAAGACGGUAGAUCGUCCGGUUUGAGAUCCACGUGCCCAUCAGGACACAGCAUGUGAACUCUGACUUUCCUACCUCUGCUUGCAGGCUCCCCCCUCUUCAGUUUGCCAAGCCUUUGUUUUUAACCGCCCCCCCCCCACUCCACUCACAAACAGUGAUCUGCAUGCCCCCGCCUCCUCCGUUUUUUGCUCUGCUGCAUGAGCUGAGCUCCUGGGUCUGGUACUUGUGAGCCAUCGACCUCCUGCACACGCUGCUCUUCCUGUGUGUGGCUGACUCUGGGCUUUGUGCUUUCAUAACAUCUGAAAAGGCAGCAACGCCACGCCCUAACGACACUGGCAGCUGCUAACCUGCGGGCACUAACCUCUGCCCUUAACUAACUCAGUUUUCCAACCGCAGCGUGUGGUUGGUUUAUUUAUGAUUUUAAUGCAAAGGUCCUGCUUGCUACUCAUAUUUACCCAAUUACAAUUUUAAUGGCUAAAUAUCAUUUUUAAUGCUGAUUUUGAUUUAUGUCUCCAUUUUGCAGUAAUGUAGUUCAGCCUGGAUGCGGAGCUUCCGGCAGAGCGAGAGGCAAACGUGGCCGGCUCCCCGUUAGGCGCCCCUCCCGCAGAUAGCGUUGCUUGGCCAAUAGGACUUAAGAAUUCCACACGGAGAACUUUUUUUUCUCUUUCCCUUCCUCUAAUUGGCAAAAAAGCGAAACGGACGUGUCCCGGUCGCCGCAUUCGGAAUGUGAAACGAAGCGCAGCUACUUUGCAGCCGCAGCUGCGGGGAAGUGAUGCUCACAAGUACCGAGGAGAAGCUGGACCUCCUGUCCCGCAGCGACCAAGGGUCUGCGAGAGAAGCGGGGGCUGCUUUGUGUUUUCCUCAGUGUUCUUACAGAUCGAUCCUGUGCACUUUUCACUCUUCGGUUUUACACUUUAGGGAAAUUUUGUGGCGCUGUGGUUAGUCAGUCUGACCCUUGUAUUUUUAAAUAUUAUUGUUUUUUUUUAUGCAUCUCUUUGCACACGCCACUAAAACAGAAUUUCUCACCAUCAUUACACUACAAACCAGAGCUCAACAUUCUCCCCUUCACUGAAUUAACCCUUAACUCAGAUCAUAGACUUAUUUUUUAUUUUUUAUCAUAAUUAUUGUUAUUGUUUGUUGUUAUUUACUGAUAUGAUACUGCCAUGUUCUGAACAAAAUCCAGGGUAAGCAAAUUCUGGGGUUUUUUCAUGUAUUAUUAUUCUUAGGAAUAGCUCAAAGUAACAAGGAGAAACUUGACGUUGUUCUGGUUUAAAUGGUAGUAGGCACUUGAAAACCAUGAAUGAAUUGACUAGUAUUUCCAAUUCAUUUCCAGAAUUUCUGGGAUAAAGAUUCAGGAGGGAUCACUGAUGGACAGAAUUUUUUGCAAGUGUUCUAAUUAAAUUCCAAAUUGGAAUUGUUUCAUUCUCUCUUUGUUUACCGUGCCAAAUCUUGGUACAUUUUUAGGUUUUUGAAAAUGAAAUGGAGGAGAAAAAAAGCAGGAAGUAGGCUGCUGGAGAACAUUUGUGAUUUGGGUUCCCUAUCUCAGCGCCUUGUUUUGUUCUGCUCUCAUUCUGACCAGUAGUGCCUUUUAUUUCAAGGGAGAAUCUUAGCCUAGUUGGAUGACUUAGGAUGAAAUUAAGCUACUAGCAACAAAUCUUAGCAGAGUUUAGGAGCAAUAAGUGCAAAAAGCAUGUCCCUUUUUGCAUGAGUCUGACUAGUUACAUGAAAUGGAAAUUGUACUGAAUUCUGUAAGUCAGUGAUCCCUGGAGGAUGCAAAUUCAGGGCUUUAGUGAAGUUUUUUAAUCAUACUUUGGGAACCAAAAAUAAUCACUUUGGCCUCCUAAUGAAUAAAAGCGGUAAGAUAUAACACAUUUGUGGGUGCAGGAUGGUAUACUAUUUGAAAUAUUAACGUAUCAAUAGCUUUGUAUGGUGGUGAUGGUAACGUGGUAUCAAUAGUAUUGUUGGUAAAUGUGUAAGCUUUUUUGUAUUUUCUUUUUUAUACAUCUAAGCAUUGUUAUUUCAGUAAACAGAAAGCAGACUCCGCAUCUACAAGCUUGGUGUGGCGUUUGUAGCCAUAUGGUUUGUGGAGGCAUCAAAAUGUUGAGUUAUUGUUGUGGUUGGAAAGUUUAAAAAAUUUUGAGUGCAAUUCAGAUGCUGUUUUACUUGGGUAAAGGUUUUCUGUUUGCUGGAAGCGAUUGCAUUAUGAUUAGCCGUGCAAAACUUUAUCAUCCUUCUGUUACAGUAUUGAUCAUUUGAUACCUUUAUAUGAAUUAAUGACUUCACCUGUAUGUCGGUAUUUAUUUAAAAGAUGUCUUGCAGUACUGUAUUACUUUAAUGUGCAUUACGAUUAGUGGCAAAAAUGAUCUUGACUUAUGCAUGUUAUUCAGUCAUGGGACCUUUACACAGAGGUGAAAAGAAAAAUGCGCAACUUCAAAAAAUGUAAGCUAAAAUGGAAAAAUGUAUAAUUUUAGGCGUUAAUAAUGUAUUACUUACAAACUAAUCCUAAAGAGAAUUGUUUUGUUUUCUCUAGAAAGGCUGUGUGUCUGUGUAAAGGUAGUCAUACUGGCUAAAUCAAUAAAGUUGGAUUAAACCAUUCCUAA